AUGGGCGACUGGUCUAUCCUGGGCCGCUUUCUGUCUGAGGUCCAGAACCACUCCACGGUCAUUGGUAAAAUCUGGCUAACCAUGCUGCUUAUCUUCCGCAUCCUGCUGGUGGCGCUAGUGGGUGACGCAGUUUACAGCGACGAACAAUCCAAGUUCACCUGCAACACCCAACAACCGGGAUGCAACAAUGUCUGCUACGACACCUUUGCUCCAGUUUCCCAUCUCCGAUUCUGGGUUUUCCAAAUAGUCUUAGUGUCCACUCCAUCCAUUUUUUACAUUGUUUACGUGUUACAUAAAAUCGCCAAGGAUGAAAAGAUGAAUGGACAUCGGACUCAUGAAACAGCGGAGGAGAGGGCUCAGAGCUGUGGGCAGGUGGAGAGAGUAGGUGUACCAUCAUAUUAUCCGAGUUUUAACGAAGACUGGGAGGCGAGAGAAAAAGAGGAGCAGAGUUUUGUGGAAGAGGAUUAUGGAGAAUUGGGCGAGGAUCCCACACAACAGUCUAAUCAGGUGUUACUCAUUUACAUCCUACAUGUCUUGCUUCGCUCGGUUAUGGAGAUCACCUUCCUGAUUGGGCAGUACUUUCUAUUUGGUUUUGAGGUUCCUCAUUUGUUUCGCUGUGAGACUUAUCCCUGCCCCACUCGGACCGACUGCUUUGUAUCCCGUGCCACUGAGAAAACCAUCUUUCUCAAUUUCAUGUUUAGCAUCAGUCUUGGCUGUUUUGUGCUAAACGUAGCUGAGUUACACUAUUUAGGUUGGGUUUAUAUAUUCAGGGUCCUGUGCUCUGCUUGUUCCACCUGCUGCUGUCAAGAACGGGACGAGGUGCGCAUUUACACCCAUCACAACCCACUAACACUGCAGCUUAAGCAUUCAUUGAGAGGACAGUUAGUGCUACAGACUCCAGCUCUUGUCCCAGAUAAGAGUAUGCUAACCCAUACACCAGCCAUCUCCUUCCAGACCGAUUCGACGGUAGAAUACACAUCCAAAAGAAGCCCAGAGAGAAGGGACAACGUCAAAGUGAAGCUAUCAAAUGUAGCCCGUACAGGACGGACUAAGAAAUCAUGGCUUUGA